GGUGGUGUUAGUGGUGGUCUGUUAAGGCUAUUACGGGGGAGCUUUGUCUUUGGUGGUGUUCGUGGGGGGAGGGGGGCGUCGGGGUGGGGAAGGUACUGGGGGGGAGGGGCUUACGGGCUGUUGCGUCACGAGGGCGUGCUCACCGGGCCCCGCCCCCACUUCUGGCGAUUUUUAUUUGUCACAGGCGGCGACUCUGGAGGAAAUGUCUCUCAUGAAAUUGUCUUUUCCGAGACCAAGGUUCUCUGCAAACCUCCCGGCUACCAUCAAAGAGACCCGGACCGUGUGAGAGACGCCGCGAGUUCUGUGCACCCUGCACUGUACGUACCGUGUACCAGUCGGGGAGCGGGCAGUAUUAUUGCGGUGAACACCACGCUGCCCUCCAAUGUGCCGCUGGAGCCACGCUGCGAGCUGCGUGCUGAGGAGCGCCUCUCUGCACGAAGCCUCCUGGAGCCUCUCCCGGAGCAGUCACCAUGGAGGCUCAUGGGCUGCGCAGUACCUCACGCACCCUCGUGGCGCUGCUCGUGACGAGCUACGCGUUCCUCACGUCUGGGCCCACGGAGGAGAAGAAUUUCUCCCCGAACUGGCUGGUUAACCUGGGGGGAGCCUGGGAGGUCCAACCGCCACAGGCCGGGCAGCCUCUACCUUUCGCCAAAGCGACCGUGGCUGUCCACAUCAGCGACCGGCUCGCAGAUCACGAAGCCAAGAGGGAGCCUCGAGUCGCUUCCUCUCCCAGCCAUGGCGUGGAGGUUCCCCAAGGAGGAGGAGGAGAAGACGACGACCCAGCUCCCUUAGGGUGGAAGACCUUCAUGGAGAUGCUGCACAGCAGGCCGGUGGCCAUCGCCUACGAGGUGGCGAGUGCAGGGAUCGCCCUCCUCAGCCUCGGAGUGUGGCUGAAGAAUGCAGUGUGGCGUCCGCGACCUCCUGCCAUGCCAGCGAUGGCCGUCCACACCACCAACCUCCCGAAACAAAAGGCUCGGUCGAACUUGGCCGAAAUGGUACCUCAAGCAGCUUCUUCUUUAGGCUGUUGGAUGACGGUUCCGCAAGAUGGAGAAUACCCGUCUCCCUCAAGGUGGACGACCUUGAUGAAGAUGCUGCACAGUGGGCCGGUGGCCAUCACUUACCACGUGGAGAGCACGGGGAUCACCAUUACCAGCCUAAGAGUCUGGCAGAAGAAUCAACUGAAGUCAUCGCAACGUGGACGAGUUUACCGAAGCCGCCACAUGAGAGGAUCCAUGUGGAAAUUGGCUCGGGGCAAGCGCCACCCCAUGAAAAUCAAGAGGACCCACAGAUCCCUCAAGACUCGGCUGGAUGGCUGCUCCAUGAUGAAUAGCUCUCUGUUGGAGCCUGGGACGCGUCACGCAGCCGCCCCUACCUGCUGCCGGUGUGCGGACACGCGUCUUGUGUGGAGCAUGCCUGCAGGACAAAGGCACGCGCACGCGCGGGCUGCGAGUUUGUGUGCCCGACCUGCAAGGUCCCCGGCCUCCUCCUACCUGCAGCCCGACGAAGCGCUUGGAAAUUUCCUACCCACGCUGAAGGAAAUGCUGGAGGAGCGAUUUGGUGGGAAGCCUCGGCCGCUCUACCCCGAGCGGUCGCUCGCGCAGGGCGGCCGCGGCGCUGGCGUCUGGCACCGAUCUUGUCGAGGGCUCUGUACAGCACAAACCACUGCACCUGGGCCACGGCCCGAAUCCAAAGCCUCCGUUCUGACGGCGGCGACUCUGGAGGAAAUGUCUCUCAUGAAAUUGUCUUUUCCGAGACCAAGGUUCUCUGCAAACCUCCCGGCUACCAUCAAAGAGACCCGGACCGUGUGAGAGACGCCGCGAGUUCUGUGCACCCUGCACUGUACGUACCGUGUACCAGUCGGGGAGCGGGCAGUAUUAUUGCGGUGAACACCACGCUGCCCUCCAAGUUCGACUCCCGCUCACGGCCACCAACACUGCUGACGAUUACCUCAGCCGCUCCUGGGCCUCCCCGUGUAGCCGUUGCGAGCAGCACCGAUGAAGGCCGGCACGGCACGUGACACCAGUGUUGGUGGCCGUGAGCGGGAAUCGAACCCUGGGUGGCAAGUGUGCCGCUGGAGCCACGCUGCGAGCUGCGUGCUGAGGAGCGCCUCUCUGCACGAAGCCUCCUGGAGCCUCUCCCGGAGCAGUCACCAUGGAGGCUCAUGGGCUGCGCAGUACCUCACGCACCCUCGUGGCGCUGCUCGUGACGAGCUACGCGUUCCUCACGUCUGGGCCCACGGAGGAGAAGAAUUUCUCCCCGAACUGGCUGGUUAACCUGGGGGGAGCCUGGGAGGUCCAACCGCCACAGGCCGGGCAGCCUCUACCUCUCGCCAAAGCGACCGUGGCUGUCCACAUCAGCGACCGGCUCGCAGAUCACGAAGCCAAGAGGGAGCCUCGAGUCGCUUCCUCUCCCAGCCAUGGCGUGGAGGUUCCCCAAGGAGGAGGAGGAGAAGACGACGACCCAGCUCCCUUAGGGUGGAAGACCUUCAUGGAGAUGCUGCACAGCAGGCCGGUGGCCAUCGCCUACGAGGUGGCGAGUGCAGGGAUCGCCCUCCUCAGCCUCGGAGUGUGGCUGAAGAAUGCAGUGUGGCGUCCGCGACCUCCUGCCAUGCCAGCAAUGGCCGUCCACACCACCAACCUCCCGAAACAGAAGGCUCGGUCGAACUUGGCCGAGAUGGUACCUCAAGCAGCUUCUUCUUUAGGCUGUUGGAUGACGGUUCCGCAAGAUGGAGAAUACCCGUCUCCCUCAAGGUGGACGACCUUGAUGAAGAUGCUGCACAGUGGGCCGGUGGCCAUCACUUACCACGUGGAGAGCACGGGGAUCACCAUUACCAGCCUAAGAGUCUGGCGGAAGAAUCAAUUGAAGUCAUCGCAACGUGGACGAAUUUACCGAAGCCGCCACAUGAGAGGAUCCAUGUGGAAAUUGGCUCGGGGCAAGCGCCACCCCAUGAAAAUCAAGAGGACCCACAGAUCCCUCAAGACUCGGCUGGAUGGCUGCUCCAUGAUGAAUAGCUCACCAACACUUAACAGCGCACCCACCAACAGCACCACUCCUACCAACACCAGCACUCCUACCAACAGCACCACUCCUACCAACACCACCAUGACAAACCCCACCCCGACCAACAUUGCUAUCUCGACUAACACCAUCACACUUUCAAAUACCACCACCUCUACCAAUGCUAUCCUGACUAACACCACCACCUCUUCCACCCCUACAAACCCUACCAACAACAUCUUCUCCACCUUCACCACCACCAGGACCGACACCAUUACCCCAGCUGAGCGUGAGUGGUGUCACCUCAUGAUCAUGGCCCGCACCAAUGCCCGCUGCACUACAAUAAGCUCAAUUAUCCCUACCAGCCCAACCACCAACUCCCCCGCUCCUACCAACUCCACCACCUCGACCAAUCCCACGCCUACCAACAUUACCUCCUCUACCCUCACUACCACUCCCAGCCACAUCACCCCAGCUGAGUAUGUGUCCAGCCUCAUGAUCAUGAGGGAAAAGAGAUCACUCUUCAUGGCCCGGAUCAAUGCCUGCUCCACCACUCCUACCAACUCCACCACCUUUAGAAUCCGCACACCCACCAACACUACCACCCCUCCCAACACCGCUACCCUGACCAAACGCAACUACUCCGACGAACACCACCACUCCUACCAAAACCAACCCUACCAACGCCAACCCUAUCAACACCAACCCUACCAACACCAUCCCUACCAACACCAUUAUUCUUACUACUACCCCUACCAACACCAACCCUACCAGCACCAAUCCUACCAACACAAUGACUCCUACCAAUACGACCACCCCAACCGACACCAUCACUCUUCCCAACAACAGUCCUAUCAACGUUACCUAUCCUACAAACGCCAACUCUAUAAACACCUUGACCCCUACCAACACCACCACCACCCCAAAUAAGAAAUAAUACAAAAUAAAUAACAUUACAACAUCGCUGCACCCUUUGCAUGUUAGCGUGCUGCGCUACGAAGCCGGCGACCGGAGUUAAAUUUCCGCUCAUGGCCAACACCAGUGAUCGACUCAGUCUCAAAUUAGUGCCUGGUACUCAUUUAGCUGAGGCUACCUCGCAUGCCAGUCUGUUAAAUCUUUACGGGGGAUCUUUGUCUUUGACAUAUCUGUGGGCUAGAGUGUAGCUUGAUUUAUUGUUCAUGUGAGGGAUGCGCUUUGCCUGCAGCCGCCACUACAUCUCCGCUCAUGUGUGUUUAGCCGUGUCAGUGACGCGCCACGAUGUCGCUACUGCUGCUGUCACUGUCACGACCCGGUCGGUGCAGGGUGCUCUGGGACGAAAUAAAAAAGUGGCACGAGGAUUAUCGCUGCUACUUCAGCAGAUCAAGAACGGUUCUCAUGGAGUCAUCAAAAUGCACCUGAAAUCACAGCUGACCAUCUCAAUCACAUCUGUGAAAUGUCAACGGUGGUGUCCGUUGCCCCUGCUGUGAGUGGUGGAGAUGUCCUUGAGCAGUGGUGAUGUCCCUGAGUGGCGGUGGAGAUGUCCCUGAAUAUUGGUGGAGUCUGUACAACGCAGCUGCUGUAUUCGUGAUUAAAGAACCUGAGCCGAGCGUGCUUGGUGGAGCUCAGCAGAAGGUGAUGAGCCGGAGGUGUGAACUGAAAGUUCGAGCUCAAGGCGUGAGCUCAAGGUGUGAGCUCGAGGUAUAAGCUGGUGAUGCGGUCUGGAGGUGAGCACGCGGUGUCCCUGUGC